UACAUUGGUGCUUUAAAUUAGAAUAAAACAAAGUAUAUGUAUAUUUGUCUCACUCUAAUCUAUUGCACCAGUAUACACCAGUUCAGGAAAUUCUUCGAAAAAGAACAAACCCACUAAUUGUCGUAAGUUAACACUCUCCUUUAAUCACAUAUAUUGUAUAGCAAGUUGCACACACAAUUCUACAGGACGAAAUUAAUAACGCAAAGUACUUUUCACCUGCGUCCUGCAUACGUUUCCCUUUGUGUUCUCCGCCCACGUGGUCAACGCGCGUGCGAUACUUCCGCAUGCAUCAAUCAUCGAUUAGGCGUACACGCGCUUCUUCCAGAAAAAAAUUACAUCAGCCUAGCCGUUCAUUACAUCAAACGUAUUCAUUCUAAAGAUUUGCGCAGGCGCCCGUUUCAGUGCACCUCCGGACAGGUGCAUCGGCCGUGGCAGUCAGUGCAUCGUGCGCCUCCGCGUAGCGAUCAUGACAAAGCACGGGCGCAUGCCGACAGACAUCGAAUUCGCAUACAAAAGCAACAACGAUUACAGCCUUCAGUUGACUCGUUGGUUCUUGAUGCCAAUCGCAGCCUGGCCAUAUGCGAGCACGUCGACAAUACGCAGACUUUCCUCACGAGUACAUAUUCUCACUUGCAUCUUUUUGAUAACGAUCAUCAUGGUGCCAUGCUUGUUAUAUGUGUCGUUGGAGGAGAAGGACGUCCAGAUGAAAUUGAUCGCCAUGGGCCCGCUGAGCCAUUGGAUCAUGGGCACGAUUAAUUAUUGGCUACUGCUGACGCGCAGCGGUGAUAUUCGCGAAUGUGUCCAGCACAUGGAAAUGGACUGGAAGCUAGCACGAAAGAUGAGUGAUCAAGGAGUGAUGCUGCGGUACGCGAAGAUCGGCCGUUUCGUCGCCGGCUUCUGUGCGAUCUUCAUGCAGAGCGGUACAUUCCUUUUCACCGUAGCUAAGGCGAUGACAUCCAUGCCCGUUGUAAUCGGCAACGAGACCAUGUCGAUGCACCCGAUGACCUGUCCGAUCUACAGCAAGUUCAUCGACACGAGAUUCAGCCCUGCGAACGAGAUCAUGCUGGCGGUGCAGUUGGUGUCGUGUUUCAUAGUGAAUUCGGUUACGGUGGGCGCAUGCAGUCUCGCUGCAGUAUUCGCCAUGCACGCUUAUGGCCAAUUGAGCAUGUUGUUCUCGUGGUUGAACAAACUUGUUGCCGACGAAGAUAAGGAAAAUGAUCUGGCGAAUCAGAGACUGGCCGCCAUCGUGGAUCAUCACCUGAGAGUGCUGAGUUUCAUAUCGCGUAUGGAGAAUAUUAUGCAAUAUAUCUGUCUUGUGGAAUUGGUGGGAUGCACGAUGAAUAUGUGUUUGCUUGCGUAUUAUUCUAUCACGAACUGGAGUGAUUUUGACGGGGCAAAAAUAACGUCAUAUAUCAUGGUGUACAUAUCUAUGGCUUUCAAUAUUUUUAUAUUUUGCUACAUCGGCGAGAUUCUCACGGAACAGUGUAAAAAUGUUGGCGAACAAGCGUACAUGACCAAUUGGUACGAAUUAUCACAUAAAACUGCCCUCGGUCUCGUUUUGAUAAUAGCGCGAUCCAAUAACGUUAUCAAAGUAACAGCCGGUAAAUUAUUUCAAUUGUCUAUUGCAACUUUUGGUGAUGUAAUUAAGACUUCUGUGGUCUAUUUAAAUAUAUUAAGAACGAUGACACCUACGUAAACAAUGUUAAAUUAGGAAAAGUAAAAUAUAUAUUUUGUAUAUAACAGAUGCGAUACAGUUACAAGAUAGAACAAAUAUUUAAUAAAUGAAUAUUUA